GGCCUCUCCAGUCCCGACUUCUCCGAUGAGACAAAGUCCCACCGCUCCUCCUCACGGCCCGGCUGGCCCGACUCGGCGGACGUCGGCUCGAGUCCCAACCGUCUGGCCUACACGUCGAGCGAUUUGAUUGGUUGGUUCGCGUGUUCCCCGGCUACUCGUCUCUCCACCAUCAAUCAGUUGACGCCCAUGACGACACAAUCCUCUUGCCAGGACUCGAGCAGGCCGGUCCGUCGCCUCGACCAAUUGCUCGACCAGGAGGGCGCCUGUCCUGUCGGAGUCAAUCUGACCACGGGAGAGGUGGGCGUGUUCUCGCUGAGCCAGGGAAUUCGAGUUCCGCAAUACCUUUCCUGGACCCUUCACAAGUUAGUCUUCCACAGGCUUUAUUCUGUCGAGACGAUUGAGGAGAGAGGAGAGUUCAGCUCAGAAACUUAUUCUUUUUCAGAAAGGUUGCGUUUGUCGCUUUCUUGUCGUCGUCAAGGCACUAAAAGCGACAUAUCCACCGACUUUUUCUCACUUUGCGUUAAACACCACAGACCCAUCAUUUCACCCUGGCAACCACGUCGAGGCAUCUCUGCCUUUAUGAAAGAGUAG